GGGGGCUCGGCUCCCGGCGCGUCCGGAUAUCGCUCUCGGGCGGAGGAGGAGAGGAAGGACAAGGGGCAGGAGAUUCGCCCCCCGGACCCGCGGAGCCCCGGCGCUGCUGGCUUCCUUAAGCCAGACAUAAUAUUGUUAGAAUGAAAAAGUUUAAGAGGAGACUUUCCUUAACCUUGCGUGGAAGUCAGACCAUUGAUGAAUCGCUGUCUGAGCUAGCAGAACAAAUGACAAUUGAAGAGAACAGCAGCAAAGAUAAUGGUGUGAGUAAUAAUGGAAGGAUCAGCUACAGUAAAGUGCAGCCUAUUGUGAAGAAUGGCAGGCCUCCAACGUCACACAGUAUGCACUCAUUUCUCCACCAAUACACAGGAUCUUUCAAGAAGCCCCCUUUACGAAGACCACAUAGCGUCAUAGGGGGCAGCCUCGGCUCUUUCAUGGCAAUGCCCAGAAAUGGGAGCAGACUAGAUAUUGUCCAUGAAAAUCUGAAAAUGGGGUCAGAUGGUGAAAGUGACCAAGCUUCUGGAACAUCAUCUGAUGAAGUUCAGUCUCCCACGGGUGUUUGUCUCAGAAACCGAAUACACAGAAGAAUCUCAAUGGAGGAUUUGAACAAACGUUUGUCCCUGCCUGCUGAUAUCAGGAUACCCGAUGUCUAUCUUGAAAAGUUACAGAUUAACAGCCCACCGUUUGAUCAGCCCAUGAGCAGACGUUCUCGUAGAGCAUCUCUAUCAGAAAUUGGAUUUGGAAAAAUGGAAACCUAUAUCAAGUUAGAAAAGCUUGGAGAGGGUACUUAUGCAACAGUUUAUAAGGGGAGAAGUAAAUUGACAGAGAACCUGGUGGCUCUGAAAGAAAUUCGCUUGGAACAUGAAGAGGGAGCGCCUUGUACAGCCAUAAGAGAAGUGUCAUUAUUAAAAGAUCUGAAGCACGCAAACAUUGUUACGUUACAUGACAUUGUUCACACAGACAAGUCUUUGACUCUUGUUUUCGAAUAUCUGGACAAGGAUCUGAAGCAGUACAUGGAUGACUGUGGUAACAUCAUGAGUAUGCACAAUGUAAAGCUAUUUUUAUACCAAAUUCUUCGCGGUUUGGCAUACUGUCAUAGGAGAAAGGUGCUACAUCGAGAUCUGAAGCCACAGAAUCUACUAAUCAAUGAGAAAGGAGAAUUGAAGCUGGCAGACUUUGGAUUGGCUAGAGCAAAGUCUGUUCCUACGAAGACCUAUUCCAAUGAAGUUGUCACAUUAUGGUACAGACCACCUGAUGUGCUCCUCGGAUCUUCAGAGUAUUCAACUCAAAUUGACAUGUGGGGUGUUGGAUGCAUAUUUUUUGAAAUGGCAUCAGGAAGGCCUCUCUUCCCAGGCUCCACUGUUGAAGACGAACUGCACUUAAUUUUCAGGCUUCUGGGAACCCCGUGUCAAGAAACAUGGCCAGGCAUUUCUUCCAGUGAUGAAUUUAGAAACUACAACUUUCCCAAAUAUAAACCACAACCCCUAAUCAACCAUGCACCAAGGCUAGACACAGAAGGAAUUGAAUUGAUAGCAAAAUUCCUGCAAUAUGAAUCAAAGAAGAGAAUUUCGGCAGAAGAGGCCAUGAAACAUGCAUACUUCAGGAGCCUUGGAACAAGGAUACACACUUUGCCUGAAAGUGUUUCAAUAUUCAGUCUAAAAGAGAUUCAGCUGCAGAAAGACCCUGGCUUUCGAAAUUCCACUUACCCAGAGACAGGACACGGGAAGAACAGAAGGCAGAGCAUGCUUUUUUAAAGUGGGCAGUUCAGAGUCAAGCCCCAACCUAUCCUUUCAAUCAAGGACUCGGAUCUGAAGGCAGUGCUCUCUUUUGGUGGACUUGGAAUCGCAGUUUGUCUACACUGUCCUCUUCACAGUGGAGUCUUUUUAUUUCCAACCUGCAGAUUAUGUUUUUAUAUUUGUUGUCACAGUGUGACAAUUUUUUGUACAGUUGGUUUUAAGGUCUCCUCUGCCACUAGAGCCAGUAGGUUACAGCCGUUGAUGUAACUGUAGCUGCAAUUUUUGUGCAGGACUGAGAAACACAGUGCAUUAUUUAUUGCGGAAUCAUUGCUGCUAAAUAACUACUGUCUGUAUAGUUAACACAACAGUUCCAUGCCUGAAGAAGUUGCAGUGGCUUUAUAAUAUGUGAAUGCAUCUGUUUCUCUUCAUAAAAUGUUCUACUGCUGCGGGGUUUUUUUGUAUUUCGUAAACUGCAGUGUUUCCUGGAAUGUAAGCAUAGCUUUGCUUGGCUAUAGGUGAACCAUCUUUAAUGCUCUGAGUUCAUGGCACUUAAUUCCUUAUUUAACAUUGAAAGUAUGUGUUGAAAUAGUUGAAAAAUUAUAAUGCAUAUUAUGUUUUUGAAAAGCACAUGGUGUGAAAGUUGAUUCAAACAAGUGAAAAGUAACUAUUAUUUGCUCUCAGAUCCUAUAUUAGUUAUUGAUGAAUUAGAGCAUGGAGACUGGAUGAUACAUCUUGUCAGGCUUACUCCAGCAUAAGGUAUUUGCACGUUGUUGUGCAUAUUGGGCCUGGCAGAAGCAAUGACUUGCAGAAACAAUGACUGUUUUUUACCUUGUUUUUAACUUAGGAAUACAAAUAGUAGAGGAAAAAAAGAAGAAAAAAAAAAAAAAGAAAAAAAAAAAAGAUUCAUACACGUUGGACCCUGACUUACUUUUGGAAUUUUGGAUCUUUUCAUUACAGAGGAACGGGACGACUAAUUACAAGAAUAUGGGAAUAAUGUGGUGUUUUCCCACCUCGUUUCUCUCCCAUUUGUGCAUUAUUCACUUGAAAUCAACUGGAAAGAUGCAAGUUUGUACUUGAUAAGAACUCACUAUGCUAGAAAGCUUUUAAAAUGGGAACUUAGAGAGUUUUUCAGAUCUUAGGUGUUAUCUGUUUACCAGAGAUAGUAAACAUGUUACUACUACGCUUAUGCAUCUCAGUGAGUAUCAUAAGUACACCCUUGGUGAUGGUUACAGUAUUUUUAAGCAUUUGUGUUCACCUUUAUGAACCUAUUUGUUUAGUGCAUCUUAAAGAGACUGUAAAUCUUUAUUGGUAUAUUUUGAAAUGGUCAUGUAAAUCUUUGGCUGGUAUAUCAUGAAAAUAGUCAUAGGUAACUUAAUUUUUUCCUGACAUUCACUGUAAAACAUUCAGGGGUCCUACCAUUUCUGUUCAGGAAAUCUUGUAGUUUAUUGCUAUUUAACAGUAUUAAGUGAAUUUUUGUAUAUUUCCUUUUAACUUUAUUUGUGAAUAGUGAUCGUGGCAUGUUUGGGGGUGUUUUAUUAAUAUUUCAUCGAUACUGGUAAAUUUGACUUGGGAUUUAUUAUUAUUAUUUUUUUUUUAAUUUUCUGAAAGAGAGGAAUUUGCGUGUAAUGGUGACUGUUGGACCACUACUGCUUUUCAGCAUUUGUAAACCGGUUUUACGUUCAAUCUUGUAGACCUAACAAACUGCUGUUAUUUCUAACUGACCGACCUGUAUUAAUAUUGUACUUUUGAAAGUAUAAAUAUUAUGUGGAAUUCUUUGGUUUUGUUUUGAAAUUUAUAAUAACAAAGGCCCUGUGUUGUUAAAAAUA